AUGGCGUCCAAUCCCUACGAAGUCGAGCACAAUAUCAAGGCUCCUACAAACCCGCCCCACCGCCGCCGUCCCGACAUGUCCUCCUUCACAUCACACCUACACACCAUCUCUCGCGAUGCCGGUUCCACCACCACAUCCACACACCACGCCGGCCCGACUCCGGUCGAUGCGGCCGCGCUCUUCUCCAUGGUGCAAGAGCAGAUGGCCACGCUCGCCAACUCGGCCCCCUCGGACACGAACCGCGACUUUCUCGUCUCCCUCAUCGACAUGCUGCGCUCCGAUGUUGACAACCCGCCCGACGAGAUCAAGGGCGUCACCCAGGAGUACCUCGACACCCUGGAGCGCGUGCCCAAGAAGAGCCUCAAGGACGACAGCUGCCCUAUUUGCGCCGAAAAGUACAUGGACGACCCCUACCCCUUGGUCGUUGAGCUGCCUUGCCACGGCUCGCAUCGCUUCGACCUCGAGUGCGUGGGCCCUUGGCUGCAGAGCAAGGGCACUUGUCCUCUGUGCCGCAAGGACCUGACAGAGAAGAAGAAGGCCCCCGUCAUUGUAGAGGAUGACGAAGAGGACGAUAUGGACGGUCUUUAUGGCUGA